UGUCGUUCGCUUAGGGUUUUCUGCUAUCGAAUUAAUGGUUCAAGCCGAACCCUUCGUCGCUUCUCCUGUUAUCUCUCUGCAACGUCUCUCUCCUUUUUUAUUAAUAUUUGGUUGAUUCAUCUCUACUUUCUUAGAUUUGGGCUUGGUCAUGGAAUACUCAUCGACUCAGAAGAGAAGGGCGGUGGAAAUACUAGCAAAGUAUGGCGAUUUUUGGUAACUCGAAUUGCCGAGGUGCUUCUUUGUUCUAUUCAUGGAGGAAUCGUCAUCCAGUAAAGCAUCUUCUGUUCCGCCUUUCCUCACCAAAUGCUACGAUAUGGUGGAGGAUCCUGCAACUGAUCCCAUAGUUUCGUGGAGUUCGAACAAUGAUACUUUUAUUAUAUGGGAUGUCACUGCAUUUUCCCGAGACUUGCUUCCUAAGUACUUCAAACACAGCAAUUUCUCAAGCUUCAUAAGGCAGCUCAACACCUAUCUUUGUUUUACUUUCUAUCAGGGUUUUAGAAAAGCUGAUCCAGACCGCUGGGAAUUUGCAAAUGAGGGUUUUAUCAAAGGUCAGCGGCAUUUAUUAAAGAAUAUCAGUAGAAAGAAGCAUGUUCAGGGUCCUGGUCAACAGAAAGAGGCCCAGCAGAAGAUGCCUGUUGGAGCGUGUGUUGAAGUUGGAAAGUUUGGCCUCCAAGUGGAAGUUGAGAGUCUCAAGAGGGACAAAAAUGUACUCAUGCAGGAACUAGUUAAGCUGAGGCAACAGCAGCAAGCAGCUGAAAAUAAGCUGCUAGGUUUGCGAAAAAGCCUUCAGAGGAUGGAAAAAGCCCAGCAACAAAUGUUGUCAUUCUUGGCAAUGGCCAUGCAGAGCCCUGGGUUUUUGGAGCAGUUACUCCAGCAAAAUGAAAAUAAUUGGAGAAUGGCUGGAGCAAGCAAGAAGAGACGACUUCCUGCCCUGGAACAAGGUUUUGAGGGUGGUGAGGCUGAAGUUUCUAAAGGGCAAAUAGUAAUGUACCAACCACCAAAGAACAACACUUCAAAGCCUCUAGUAAUGACAGUUUUAAAUACAGACGUGUCUCCAAAGGUGGAUGUUAAUGAUUUUGUUAGGAAUGAUUCCAUGGAAUCACCGACUGGAGAAGGCUUGCACUCUCUAGAAAAUGAUGCUCAAAUUAUCAUCUCGGGGUUACUUAGUGAUGAUUUACUGGAACAACUUCUUGUUGAUAGUCCAUUCACAGAGAAUCUUGUAGAAACUGAGCUAGAUGCCCCAGAGUCUAUGAACACGGGAAUGGAUAUGGAUGCAGUGGUGCAUGAUUGUCAGUUGGAGACUAGUCAAAAUAUGGACCUCCUGACAGAACAAAUGAGUCUUCUAGCAUCUGAAACCAACAGCAGGCAUGAAAUACUGUAGAAGAAUUAAUGGAUCUUGCAGUGGUGAAGAGACCUCUACAGAAACCAUCUUAUACUUUGUAUAGCAUACUUCCAAAAGAAAAAACGGCCGAUUUUGUACAUCCGAGGUUGCAAGAGGACUUGACUUUUUUUCUCCUAAGGGCCCGUUUGGUUGGUGGGAAUAGGGAUCUGGAAUCGUAAUCAGAUUGGGCUAUUCCAAUUCCAACUGUUUGGUUGGAUGGAAUCAGAGUCCUAUUGCCAUUCCCUCCCUCUUCCUCUGAAAUGAAAUCCUAUUCCAGCUUAUUCCAAUUCUAAUUCUGAUUCCUUUCUGCACCAAUCAGAUUAUGGGUAUGCACCAUUCUGGUUCCGAUUUUAAGGGAUUUUGAUUCUUAUUC